AUGAAGUUGCCGCGUCACCGUGACCAAAGAGAGUUGCUGCGUCAUCAUGAAGUAACAAAGUUGCCGCGUCACCAUGACCAAAGAGAGUUGCUGCAUCAUCAUGAAGUAACAAAGUUGCCGCGUCACCAUGACCAAAGAGAGUUGCUGCAUCAUCAUGAAGUAAUAAAGUUGCCGCGUCACAGUGACCAAAGAGAGUUGCUGCAUCAUCAUGAAGUAACAAAGUUGCUGCGUCACCAUGACCAAAGAGAGUUGCUGCAUCAUCAUGAAGUAACAAAGUUGCCGCGUCACCAUGACCAAAGAGAGUUGCUGCAUCAUCAUGAAGUAACAAAGUUGCCGCGUCACCGUGACCAAAGAGAGUUGCUGCGUCAUCAUGAAGUAACAAAGUUGCCGCGUCACAGUGACCAAAGAGAGUUGCUGCGUCAUCAUGAAGUAACAAAGUUGCCGCGUCACAGUGACUAA